UUCUGUUGUUGAAUCAUGAGACUUCAAUUGGCAAUCACGCUCUUCUUCGCUGCCGCUGUACCAUUUGUAUUUUGCGGUUCAGCCAAAGUUGGUGAAGACUGUAGCUCUAAAAGUGACUGUAUAGAUAAUGCGAAUUGUAUUAAAGCAAAUGAUGCUUGCUCGAAAGGCACAUGCCAAUGUGCCACCGGAUAUGCUACGAACGCUAAAGAUUGUGCUAAAGUUGUGGGAUUUGACGAGGCUUGUGCCGCUGAUAAACCAUGCGAUCCUAUGAAAUAUUUAAAAACCUGUGGAGCGAGCAAAAAAUGCGAAUGUGGUGAUGGUUACAAAGCGGACAAUAAAGUUUGUAAAUCACUCAAAACCAAGAAGUUUGGUGAAGCGUGCGAUGCUUCCAAUCUGUGUAUUUCACCAUACGUAUGCACAGCUUCUAAAUGCGCUUGUUCGAAUUCAAAAUACACAAAUGACAAGUGCAAAGGAGUUAUGCAUAAAGCAGCAUGUGAAGCUGGCGUUGCAGGAAAAGAAUGUCAUUUAGCGUACAAAUUAAAAUGUACAAGUAAAGUAUGUGAAUGUGAAACUAAUUACGUAUGGGGUCCAUACGUAGACGCCGCUGGCGUAUCAACAGAUAUGUGUGUCCACAAAGACGCAACCAAGAACGUUAAAGCUGGAGAAACAUGUGUAGUUUCGAACGAUGACAAAGGAAAAUUGUGUGUGGCUGAUCAUAGUUGUCAAACAUGUAAAGGAGAUAGUGAUGCAAAAUGCCGCAAAAAUCCAGAAACUACCACUGAAUCUCAUGGUUCAGCAUCAUCAAUUGCAAUCAAUGGCCUCCUCGUCUUUGGUGUUGCUCUGUUGAAAAAAUUAUUAUAAAAUGAAACACUAGUUAAUCUUUCCUUCAUUUAAAAAUUAUAUUUUUAUAUCUGAAGGAGAAGCUUUUACGUUUGACAAUGAUAGGCAAUGAUCAAAAUCGUUUGUGAUGCUUGAGUUGAGCGAAUAUAUCAUUGAUGGCGUAUGGUUUUCCUUUUUUUUAAAAAUUAUAAUAAUAGGUUUUCGCAAAUUUUUAAUAAUAAAUG